AGAUGGAGGCGGCGCUGGUGAGACAGCAUGUGCGUGGCCUGGUCAAGGCGGGAGUUAGACCAGAUGACAUUGCGGUUGUGACGCCGUAUAAUGCUCAGCUCUCCAUCCUGGCACCCCUCAAGGACGAGUUUCCCGGUAUCGAGCUCGGCAGUGUGGACGGAUUCCAAGGAAGAGAGAAGGAGGCAGUUAUCGUUAGCCUUGUCCGCAGUAACGACGAAGGCGAAGUCGGUUUCUUGGGCGAGAAACGACGGCUGAACGUUGCCAUGACGCGGCCGAAGCGGUCGUUGACAGUCAUUGGAGACUCGGAGACAGUCAAGAAGGGUAGCACAUUUCUGAAGAGAUGGAUGGAGUAUUUGGAGGAGAACGCCGACUUGAGGUAUCCAGACGUUUCGAGCUUGGCGUUGGAUUCAUGACAAUGACACAACGUGUAUAAGCAAGGGACGCAGCCCCGGGUGGAAGAUUUCAGGUCAGGCACCAGGUACGAAAUCCACGGACAUGGAAAGGGGACGAGUAAGAAUGCUUCUUCCUAGGGGAACGGCCCGAUAAACGCUUCGACGGAAACAGCAUGUUUGCCGCACCUGAAAGGACUUUUGGCAUUACUUUUUCAGGACAGGCACCUGUACCUGGGCAGUAUAAUAUCAUGAUGCUACACGCGACAUAAGCAAAAAGAGUCAUGGAAUCUAGGCAGACGAAGCGAGUUAGCGAGAUGCGCUCACGGCCUGCCACGUAUUGGGAAGCCGAAACGGGCAAAGGCAGGAGGCUCUUUUUGGACACCUCAGCUUGAAUUUGCACACUUUGU